UUAAUUGUGAUGUUUCUUUGUAAGUUAUUCCAUGAAGUAUCAAAAACUAAAUUAGUCGCUGUAAGGAAACCACAAGACGACCUGUAGUAUAGAUUAUGAUAGCAACACACUCAUUAGAACAAAGUGGCGCUCUCAAAAAUUAGGCACCAUUCAGCCUGCACAGGAAUAAAGAUGGAAUUACUCAUUUUCUGAUAAGGCUCUAGUGUUUGGGACAGUGAGAGGAUGUCCGUGGGUGAAGUCCAGGUUACCCAGGCAUGGCUGCACUCUCAAUGGCACGUCCAAGUCCCUCCUGCCUGGCUGGACGCUUGUGUGAACUGGAUAAAGGAGGAGGCGGAUAGAGAAUCCCUGCCUCAGUCGCAGCUGAACCAGCGUGUCUUGGAGCAAUGGCUGCUGACGGACCUGCGAGAUCUGGCCCACCCAGUUCUCCCCGAAAGAAUUUCGGAGGCGCUGAAGACACAACUGGACAGCUGUUACUGUGUUCAGAUGGACUCCGUACUAGACAUCAGCCAGCCUGCCUACACUCAACUGCAGCGUAUUCGAGGAACCAACUGCUCCAAUGAUCAAGUCUCGGCUGUUACGCAGGAAACGCAGAGGCCGUGGGAGGCCAAGCCCACUCGCAUGUUGAUGUUGCAGCUCACGGAUGGAGUGCAGAGUCUGGAGGGUAUGGAAUACAGGCCCAUCCCGGCUCUGAGUACCAACCUGCCUCCCGGCACGAAGCUCCAGCUAGUUGGGCCAAUCGUCGUCCGUCUAGGGGUGUUGCUCUUGAAAGCUGAGAACGUGAAGGUGUUGGGUGGGGAGGUGGAACAGCUUUUGGAGAUAUACUCUCAAGGAAGAGUGCUUUGUGGGACACUUGGUUUGCCUGAGGAGAACCAUCCACGAGGUGAGGAACCGGAUGACCGGGAGCUUCUGGCCAGCGUAGAGGCUGUGGGAGAUCAUCAGGUAGCCGACAGCGGCUAUGACAGCCUAACUUCAGAAGCUUCCUCCAGACCAUCUCACCAUCAUUCACAACCCCAUCCUCAAGUGAUGCCCAUUUCCAGGGAAGACAACUGGGAUAAUAUGGAUGAAAUUCCAGAUGAUGACUUCAGAAAUAUUCCAGACAAUUUUGAUGAUGUUCCACAAAAUGCCGCUGAUGAUAUGAUGGACUACAUUCCUGAGGACUUUGAUGACAUCCCGUUGGAGGAGCUGGACAGUGUGAUGCGCCCGAUAGAUUCAGAAGUCUUGCCAAGUACUCGGGAACACUCUGAAAUCCAGCAACCUGACUCAAAGUUACCAACCCAGCCCAAAACGGAAGAACUUAACCCUCUAAGUUUUCGCUCCAGAACUCCUCUUAGCAACACUCACCAAAGCAGAAACUUAAAUGAAACUCACGAUACAUCUGGUGCAAGUUCCUCUACAAACACCGUAGAGUCUUCUGGUUGCAAACGAGACGCACCUGUUCCCAUGUACCUCUGCAGACUACAGGCAGGCAGUUGGCCACCCGCCAGCGUUCAGGUUUUUCGUCUACAAGCUUUCAUCGUCACACUGGUGGGAAAGUUGCGCAUUAGCGGCAGCACGUGGAAACUGGAGGCCACCAUAUCAGAUGGAACCGGGUACUUGGACGUGGACCUGUCUGAUGCCAUGCUGGCCAAUCUCAUUGGCUUCUCGGCAACGGAGACCCGAGUCCUGCGGAAAGACCCGGUGAGACGCGGUGAGGUGGACAGUGGGAUACUGCAUUGUCAAAGAGAGCUGGUGGAUAUGUGCUGUAUGAUGAGCGUGCAGGUGGAUCAGACGGGCAGAGGAGUCGUGUUGAGUGCCAGUCCGCUCUCUGACAGAGAAUGCUCCGAGCUACAGAAAAGAGUGAAAGAGAGGAGGAAUUAAGCACUGCUUAUUCUCUUGACUCUCUUUUUAACCUAACCUCACAGUGUUUGUACUGAUUCAGUCAGUGGGUUCAAUGAGAUUUGAGUGGAAUAACUUGUUUUGGUUGUCUCAGUCUCAAGAAAACUGUUACAUUUCAGAAUUCAUUGUAUUCUAUUUUCGUAAUUGUUUUUGAUCAAUUUUUGUGGUUUUAAUGUCUUCCGUGGUUUAAUUAAUUAAAAAAUAAUAAAGAAUUCCAAUUUCA